AACUGCUCUUGCCGUCCUGAUCAACGAAAAAGACUUCAAGAAGUUUCUAGUAGUUUUAUUCGUGUUUUGCAAUUUCUAACACCGUGGCCCUGUAGUUAAAGAUGUCUGGCAUUGAUACUGAAUCUCAAGACUCUGUAGAGCCGGAAUCGAGUGAGUAUGACGAAGAUGAAGAUGACGAUGAUUAUUAUUAUUAUAAUAAUGGUGAUGAAGACGAAGGAAUGGCAUCAGACAAGGAGGACGAUCCUGAAGCCUUUGAAUUCCAGAUCAUUGAUCCUAAUGAAGCACAAGAAGUUUUUGACGCUUUAGUAGCCAAGAUCUCUCAGGAAAUUAAGGUAUCGGAAUCUGUGUCUCGAAUCCUUCUUAUGCAACACGAUUGGAACACAGAGAAGAUAUUGGAAAGGCACAGAGUCGAUCCUGUAGGACUUCUUGUGGAAGGAAGGAUCAUUCCAGAAAAAGCUGUUGCCACUCAAACGACAUCAAGAUCUCUUUACUGCCCAGUAUGCUUUCAGCGUUGUACAAAAUCCAACACUAGCAGUGCAUCAUGUGGCCAUUCAUUUUGCGAUGACUGCUGGAUGUUAUAUUGUGUUACCCAGUUACAGAUUGGUUUAUCUUCUGGCAUUGAAUGUAUGAACUGUAAUCUCUUAGUUGGAGAGGAAAUGGCUCUUAAAAUACUAAAAAAUGUGGCUGCUAGAGAAAAAUAUAGACAGUUUCUUUUUAAUGAUGAAGUUAAGUGUCAUCCUUUAAUAAGAUGGUGUCCUGGCAAUGAUUGUGGUUUCCUGGUGAAGGUGUUGGAGCCUAAAGCUAAAAGAAUAUGGUGUUCAAAUUGCAGUUCAAUAUUUUGUUUUAUGUGUGGUGAAAAAUACCAUGCACCUACAGAUUGCUAUACAAUUAAGAAAUGGCUUACAAAAUGUGAAGAUGAUUCAGAGACAGCUAAUUAUAUCACAGCCAAUACUAAAGAUUGUCCAAACUGUGGAAGCUGCAUCGAGAAGAAUGGCGGCUGUAAUCAUAUGCAAUGUAUCAAGUGUAAACAUGAUUUUUGCUGGAUGUGUUGUGGAGACUGGAGGAGUCAUGGCUCAGAGUAUUAUGAAUGCAGUCGGUAUAAAUCCAAUCCAAACAUUGUAAACGAGUCCGCAGGUAUACAGGCCAGGGAGGCGCUUAAAAAAUAUCUCUUCUAUUUUGAAAGGUGGCAAAAUCACGCGGACAGUCUUAAACGCGAGGAAGAAACAAAGCGAAAAAUUAACCAGAAGAUACAAGAAAAAGUUAACAAUAACAUCGGCACUUGGAUCGACUGGCAAUAUCUUCUAGAUGCUGCGCAAUUACUAGCAAAGUGUCGUUAUACGAUGAUGUACACAUAUCCAUAUGCCUACUUUAUGGAGGAUGAGAGAAAAAGACUGUUUGAGUACCAACAAGCACAACUAGAACUAGAAAUAGAAAACUUGUCUUGGAAGCUGGAGCGAGACGAACUCUAUUGUAGAGGGGACUUUGAAAAUCAAAUGGACAUAGCAGAAAAGAGAAGAUUGACUUUACUAAAGGACUUUCUGGUGGUGUGACAAAACGUCGGAGAUGACAGUCUCUCUUCGAACUUUGCGUGACAAGUGAGCGUGACCAGAACUCUCAUGAAAAAAUGAGCGUCACGCGAUAAAUGCGGUUGAAGGUCUUCUGGGAAGCUAAUAAUUUGGGGGAAAAAAAGGAGAAAAAUUUAAAUGAGAUUGGGGAGAGAAUUUCAGUCAAGGUCUGUUUUAUAUUUCUGUACGACCGGUUCAAAUUAGGAGUUUUGAAUUUAUGGAUUAUACUAUUAGUAAAACUCCCUCGUUUGGCAAGUUUCUUUUUCCAAUAAAAUAAGACGGAACAUGGUUUUAG